AUGUCUGGUGAACAUGUCGAUGAGCAGUUGACAAAAGCUGGGAACCAGGUGUUGCGGGAGAAGCCAAAAGAAGAAAGUGGCAUCGUCGAAGAGGUGGUGGCAAAUGUGGCUCUGAGCCGAGUUUCCAAGAAAUCUGGACUCAAAAAGAAGAAGAAAGACCGGUGUUUCUACGACAAAUGUGGAUCUACAGCUCUCAAAUUCAUUGGCGAUUGCCAGUUUUGCCAGGGACAUUUUUGCUCACGACACAGAAUCAUGGAAAACCAUGCCUGUCAGGGACUCACGUCUUGUAAAGAACAAAUGCAUCAGCGGAACGCGGACAAACUUGCCGCAGAACAAACAAUAGUAUCGAAAAUUCAAAUCUGA